AUGGCCAAAUCGCCGGCUGCGACGCCGUCGUCGAACGCACCGCCGUCGCCGCUUUCACCGCCAAUCGUCACCGUCGCCGCGGCAGCAUCACACUGUACAUCACCGUCAGCGGCGGCGGGGUCUGCGGCACGUCACCGCCAGCCAGAGUGGCCGGCCACUUCACCGGUGGCGUCUCCAUCGUCCGGUGGCGACGCCGGCAGCACGAGCAGCGGCAGCGGCAGUGGAAGCGGUGGUGGCCGUGGACAGUCGUACAACUACGAUGGCGGUCCAGAAAUUACGCUCAAGAGCAUCGAACACACGCUGUUGCCGCUCGUCAAACAGAUAUCGACGUUGGUGGCUCACCGGGAACGACCGUUCUGCACGGAGAGGACGGCCAGGGCGAUAGCCAGGGUUGGCCAGGGGGUGAACUUGGCCAUCGAGCGGUUUGUGACUGUCGGCGAGACCAUUGCGGACGACAAUCCCGAGAUAAAGUCCGACAUGUACCUGGAGUGCAAGGAGGCCAGGGCGGCAGGUGCUUCCAUCGAAAAACUAUGCGAAGCUGUGUUUGAAGAUUCGAUCAAUGAUCGAGCAUCUGUGAUAAGAGCUGCCCGAUGCUUGUUGAGUUCAGUCACUAGAGUGUUAUUAUUAGCCGAUGUAGUCGUCGUAAAGCAAUUAAUUUCAGUCAAAGACAAGGUGUCACGAAGUCUGGGUCGGUUGGAAGGCGUCAACAACUUUACGGAGUUUGUCAAGGCUUUCAGUCACUUUGGCACCGAAAUGGUGGAGCUGGCUCACUUGACGGGCGAACGGCAAAACGACCUGAAAGACGAACGGCGGCGGUCUCAGAUUGCCGCGGCCCGACAGGUACUCGAGCGGUCUACCAUGCUGCUGUUGACUUCGUCCAAGGCGUGUCUGAGGCACCCGGACAGCUCGGAGGCCAGCCAAAACCGGGACACGGUGUUUUGCCAGAUGCGCAGGGCCAUGGACCUGAUCCAUUACGUGGUCAAAGAUGGCGUGAAGGAGAGUGGUGGUGAGUCCAUGGCCCUGACACCGUACACAUCGGAACAAGACGGUGGCGACACACUUGGCCACGCGCUCAACGUCCUGGACUCGUUUGUCGACAUGACGAGGCUGACACUCGUGCUGAGCGAGAAGGAAACGCUAUUGCGCACCAUGGACGUGAUCAUGGAACGUACGCAAGACUUCACCGACAGCGCGUACACCAGACACGAGCACCGGGAAAAUAUAUUGACACUGUGCGAUCGUGUCAAGACGCAUCUCGAUCAAUUGAUUAGAGCCGGAGCUAGACUGGAACAGUGUGACGAAUACUCACCUACGAAAUCGCUGGAAGUGGCCGUAAACCAGUGCCUCGACGCCACCAAAGAACUCAGACUGCAGCUGAUAGCGACGUGUAAAGAACAAUCGCAUGACUUACCUUUAAUAAUUAGGACUGGCUAUGACCUCGUAACGUGCAUACAGACUACGUCUUCCGAUGGAGACGUCGACAGUCUUAACAAGUACGGCGAUCAAUUCGUUGAAGUCGUAGACCAAAUCGGAGAAAUUUGUAAAGUACUGAGACACAUUGCAACUGCAGAAUCACUUCAGGUUUCUGCGAAACACGCCGAAGUUAAUUUACGAGUGUACGCACCACAGAUCGUUACUGCUGCUCAAGCAUUAGCUCACUAUCCUUGUUCAAAAAUCAUAAAGGAAAAUUUAGAAGUAUUUGCGGACAUGUGGCAAGCCUUGACUCAAGACGUGUCUACGGUGUGUAAAGAAAUUAUGGAAAAACAAAUACCUGAAAAACAAACAUAUAUGUCACUCCCCAGACCAGGCAAACAUGGUACGACGACAAAACCGCUGAAGUCUGUGAGACUAGAUCUAUCGGAACAAGAUCAAAUCGCCAAGGCUGGUCUGGAAAUGAAAUUGGCGUCGAGUGAAGUAGACACGGAAGCGGACAGGUGGGGCGCUGGAGAGGAAGACGACGCGGCCAUCGAGGAAGGUGCCAGCGUGGACGAGCGAGGCAGCACGACCAAAGCACACGAAGACAACGACAUUGUGCGUAGGGCAAAGAACAUGUCCGGCAUGGCGUUGAGCAUGUACGAGUUCACCAAGGGAGAUGGUGGUUCGUCGCUGAGGACCACUCAAGAUCUGUUCACACAGGCGGAAUACCUGGCCGAGGAAGCUAACAGGCUGUACAAAUUGGUCAGACAGUUUUCGUACCAGGUUCCUAUGGGUGCAAACAAAAAAGAACUUUUGGAACAGUUGGAUCAAGUUCCAACAUAUGUACAACAGUUGCAAUUUACAGUAAAAAUGCCUACGGUCGGUAAAUCUGCUACAUUUUCAAAAGUCGAUAGUGUGAUUAACGAAACUAAAACACUAAUGAACGUUAUAUCAAAAGUAGUCACAACCUGCUUUGUAUGUGCUACUAAAUACAACUUGGACUUCCAAGGUCUGUCGGCCAGAAGCGGUGCCUUCGGCGAACGCGGCGAAGACGGUAGCGGUGCUGGUUCCGGAGGUGAAGGUGGCAAACUGAGUGGAGGAUCAGGCUCGGAUGGAUCCAUGUGA